GCCAUGUUUUGACAGCUGUUGUUCAAAUGGAUUUGUUUAUCCGAAAGGAAUUGACGCUGAGCAGCGGUACCCAGCUGGAGGAUGUGACGCCGCACUGCCAAAAGUUACUCACAUGGCUGCAAUCCUUUCAGGAGGAGUUCCGUUCCGAGCACCGCCACCUGCGGCUCAAUCCAUCUCUGAUUGAAUCCCUGUUGAAGGCCCAUUUGUACCUGUUUGAAUGCUACGAGCGCUUCGGGGAUUCGUUGGCGGAUCGCUGCGACUCCCAUGGCUUUUUCGCGGGCAUUUCCAGUAUGGAAGAAAGAAGGCAAUAUAUCCGAGAGCUGUGCACAAACAUUGUAAAUACUAAACGGGGAGAAGAGCAUGCACCGCUUCUCCACCUGAUGCAUCGUACUUUCGCCGAAGUCCAGACUGUUUGGAGUGUUAUUCGCGACCUGGACUGGUCGGAAAUUCGGCAAUCGGAAGCCCUGGCCUGCAGCGAUCUCAUCAACCCCGAUCUCCAGCAGAUGCGUCGCUUGGUAAAGAGAAUUUGCCGCUUAUCCAGCCUUCAGCAAAUUGAAACCGCUGUGCAACGCUCAAUGGAGCUAAUAAGCUUCGUGGUGUGGAUCUAUCUCUUCCGGGAGCCCAGGGAUAGUAGCAUCCAUUCCGACUGCCACCUUGUGCGUAACCUAAUCUGCGACACCCUAACGGAGGGUAGAACAAGCGCUUGCUCCGGUUUCCUGCACAAUAUCUACCGCUUUGUAUCAGAACCCGGUAACGAAGUGAGAUUCUGGGCUUGUCUAGAGCAUGUCCGUCUGGCUGGCAGCCUGAUUUCCUAUUUAAUCGGCAGUUGGAGCUGUCACCUACCCUUUUUCGAUGUGGAAGAGAUGCAAAUGAACGCCGAGGCUCCUGAACUAGGUAUUGCACAAUUGCCCGUAGACAAGGCCACCUAUGUGACCCAUCUGAUGCUGGCCGUCCGAUCCCCAUGUCGCCAACAGUUCAGCCAGCAGCUUCGCACCCUCCUGCCCACAAAUUCCUUAGCUUGCCUGCUGGACCUGCUCAAUAAAGUGGCCUUCGUUUUUAGUUAAAA